UGACAUGGUGUUGGUGGUCCAGGUGAGAUCCUCUUUGAUGUGUUUCUAUCAGCUAUUUUCUCAAACUUCCAGUGACAUCAAAGCGUCUUGCAUCCAGACUCAAGUUAAUAACCAAACUAAAACCUACCACCUGCAAAAUAGGCAAGCACACAAUUUACGAGUAUCUUCCGUGGAAAAUAAAUGAAUGGCAGAGCAGAUGACAUUAAAUAACAUUAAAUUAACAUCCAGGGAAGACAAUUAGUUCACAUUUUAUUUUUGGGGGCUGAAGAUUGAUGGACAACGGAUAGUGUUGUGCUGAUUUUCACAAAGUCAACACUGAUUACAAAGCAGUUUUCUGUGCUAUUAUAAGCAUGCAAACAUUUAGUGCAAAGCAGCAGAUGUUUUGUUGCUUUGACUUCAUAUACUGUAUGAUUUGAGAAUUAUGUUGCAUUAUGUGUUCUCAUGGUCUCUUGAGAUUGUACAGGAAUCUGUGCUGUUGAUCUUGGAGUGACAUGUAAGAAUGCUACAUACAAACCCUCUACAUGCAAAGAGAAAAGAAGUGGAUACAUUCUGCGUUUAAAAGAUCAGGGGAAGUGUGUGACCUGCAAUGUACCAUCUACACCUUGUAGUCGAGGGAACAAAACUGCCUGUAUCAAACAACCUGAGAUGAAACUCCCUACACUUAAAAUUGAAAAAGACAGCAAUGGAUUUAUUGAUCCCACAAAAGCAUCAGAAGCCUUGGACAAAACUGAAUCCCUGGUCAUGGAGAUGAAAAAAGACAGUAAACACAGUGCUUCGAUUGUCACGGGGGAUGUUACUGGUGUUAUCCAAAGACAAGCCGAGAACACAGACACUGAAGACUUUUGCUGCUCUUCAGAACAGGAUGUGAUGAAUAUUCUUGACUGUCAAAGUGCCCUUGACACAGAUUCUCCCUGGUCUGUAAUGAUUCCCAGUGAAGCUUUUGAUAAAGCACAUCUGGAAAGCAACAAAAGUGCUUUCGUUGUAAUUUUGCAGUUCAAAAAUAUGAGAAAUACGAAUGAAACUAAUAUCUACACUGUUUUGAACAAUGAGACUUAUGGAAUAACGAUGGGGACCAAGAUCUCCAACCUUACAGACAAUAUUGAGAUGUCCAUUAAACAGAAAAAUAUGGUUGGUAAGGCAUCCUGCGUUUCUUGGGAUGGCAUAGGAGAAGUUAACUGGACGACGUCUGGCUGUGAGACAGAAAUUGAUAGCAACAACACCAUAAAGUGCUCCUGCUCACAUCUGACGUUCUUUGCCGUGCUGAUGUCUCCGCCAGAUGUAAACAGCACAGUGCCGGAUCUGGAAACAUUGACUUUUAUCACUUCUAUCGGCUGCGGCAUCUCCAUGUUUUUCCUGGCUGUUGCUUUAUUCAUGCAUUUCCUGCUACGGAAAGCCAAAUCAAAUCAGGCCACGAAGAUCUUGAUGAACAUGUUUGUGGCUUUGUCUCUACUGAAUGUCUCGUUUUUAUCAAACGAGAGCGUCGCUAACACAGGAGACAACGCUGCGUGCGUCUUCAUAGCGCUGCUCCUGCAUUACUCCAUGCUGGCCUCAUUCACCUGGUUCUUCAUUCAAGCUCUUCAUAUGUACUUAUGGCUCAUCAGACAGAACGUCUCCAUCACAAACUACAUGAGGAAGAUCACCGUGUUGGGCUGGGCGUUUCCCGCUCCAAUAGUCAUAGCUAUCGUUUCUGUAGGAGGAUAUAAAGCAGUGAUCCUAAACACAACGUCUGGAAAAAUCACAAGAAUGUGCUGGACUACAAAUGUUUACAUUCACUACAUAGUGAACAUCGGCUACUACGCUUUAGUUUUCAUCUUCACCACAGGAAUCCUCAUCACUAUCUUAACUAGGAUUGUUCAAGCCAGAAAAAUAAAAGCUGUUAACUGCAAGAGAAAGACGUUCAGAAAGCAGCUGAUGAUGGUGUUGAGUUUGUUCCUGCUCUUCGGUCUGACGUGGUCUGUGGCGUUCUUCAGUUAUGGACCGAUGCGCAUUCCUUCAUAUUACAUAUUCACUGUGCUCAACUCAUUACAGGGGUUUUUCCUCUUCCUGUAUUACUACCACAUUCACAAUGAUGCCGCGGGUAGUUUCUCUGAUGAUCCAAGAAGCUCCGGCUCCACCACAACAAUGGUUCAACCCAACAUAAAUGGUCUGGGAAAUGUUUAUAAGUAGCCUAAUUAAGACAGAAAACCACCUCUUAGUUUCUAAGACAGCUGAUAAGUUAACAGCAGACUGCCAGAAUACUAGUAGUCAUGCGUGUUUAAUAAUAUUCUGUAUGGUGAUGGGAAUAUAAUUUAUAAUGGGAACAUAAGUGCGAUCAUUAGCUUUUAAGACAUUUAAACAAAGUUAAUUUAACAUGUACAUGAGCAUUGUGACUGGAAGCUACAAGUCUCAUAUUGUUUUGUAUCUGUGACUUUAGAGUAACUGUACUUGUAGUUAUGAAAUAUAGAUUGUUUGACUUAUAAAUGCUUAAACUGUGUAAUGAACAUUAUUUUAUUCAAUAUUAGAUGUUGAUGUACUAGGAGUAAAGAUGUCAAAUAAAAGGUUUUGGUUCAAAUAAUUCU